GCCCUUAGGACCAGAAGCUUCUGAUAUUUACUAGUGUGAACAUGCCAAAGGAGAGGAGAAGAAAUGGAGCUUCUUCUCACAGCGCUUGGUGCGGAAAAGUCUGUGGUAGUUCCAUGAUUGUCAUCAGUUAUGGUGCCUGCAAUAAUUCUUGAAAGCAGCAUCUUCCAACCCCUCCAAAUUUUUCUGUGUUCUGAUUGUUCCAUUCUCAUUGCCACGCUCAUCCAUCUUAUGGAUUGAUUACAGACCAUAUUUAGAUCGGAACAAAAAAGUUGGAACUUGACAAAAUUUCCUGGUGAGUUGUGGGGUUAAGUCGAUGGUUUGGAAUUUUGGGUUGCGGUAAAAAGUCAAACGACGGAGAGCUUGGAUCGGUAAAAGAGAAGAAAAGGAAGGAUAGUGGAGUGGAGUGGAGUGGAGUGGUGGGGUGACUUUAAAACUUGAAAGAAAAAAGACUGAAUUUUUUUUUUCAGCGGUUCCAAUUCCAAACAGUAGCUCUCUUCGAUUCACAUAUUGCACUGAAAAGUCAUAGGAAAUAUCUAGGGUUUUCUAUUUGGAAGAAGAUCGUCUUUGUUAGGCCCCAUUCAUUCACCUCUCUCUGUCUCUUUCUCUCUCUCUCUCUCUCCUCUCUCCUUCUCUGCUUCAUCACUCUCAUGGAGUCCAAUGGCUCAAAUCAGCAGCAACACCCAAAAGACAAGAACCCUUCUGAGAUCAAAGACUUCCAGAUUGCGAUUGCGAGCAAGGACGACUCGAAGAAGCAAUUGGCGCCGAAGAGAAGCUCCAACAAGGACAGGCACAAGAAGGUCGAUGGCAGAGGAAGGAGAAUCAGGAUGCCUGCUCUGUGCGCGGCUAGGAUUUUCCAAUUGACCAGAGAAUUGGGUCACAAGACCGAUGGAGAGACUAUCCAGUGGCUGCUGCAGCAAGCCGAGCCGUCGAUCAUUUCCGCCACUGGGACCGGGACGGUCCCCACCUCGGCCCUCAACGUGGCGGGCUCCUCUGUUUCGGAACAGGGCAGCUCUGUUUCGACCAAGAUGGAAGGGUUGGGGGGUGUAGGGCCGCUUAUUGGGUUCGGAGGCAGGGCCAAUUUGGCGAUUUCGAAUGGGAAUUUCAGUAGAUCGCAGGUUGUCGCCAGCGGGGUCUGGCCCCCAGUGAGCAGUAUCAGGCCGGGGUUCGUUCAUUACCCCGAUCAGUCUGCGGCUGUGGCGGCGAGCAUCGGGGGUGAGAGCUCGAAUUACGUGUCAAAGUUUGGGUUUCAAGGGGUCGAGUUUCCAAACAUGAAUGUGGGGCUGAUCAGCUUCCCCACUUUCUUGAGUGGGUCUAACCAGAGGAUGCCGGGUUUGGAGCUUGGCCUAUCCCAGGAUGGCCAUGGUGGGGUCUUGAAUUCGCAGUCAUUGAGCCAGAUUUUCCAGCAGAUGGGGCAGAGCGGAGGGGGUGAGACGGUCUCGGUGGGUCAUCACCAGCAACAACACACCCCAGAUGAUGAAGGGGAUGAUUCACAAGAAUCAGGGGAAUAGAAGGAAUUGUCAUGUUCUUCCGGGUCAUUGUUGACUCUGGUCAAGAGAUCUUGAGGGCACAACUUGCAAUUUCUUGAGGACUAGUAGUACAUACAUCGGAUGGUUUCCUGAGGUUGAAAAGGAAUUUUGGGGCAAGAAUGGAAGAUGGUGUGUGGGAAAUUCUACUUUUUACCGGUUUGAGGUUCAACUGGAAAUGAAGUACUGGCUCUCGGUGCUUCUGGUAAAUUAUCUAGGUCAUCAAGGUGAGUAUGAUCAGGUUCUAGCUUGACCCUUCGCGACUAUGCUUUAUAAUCUCUAUGAAGAAGACUGAGCUGUGUCUUGACCCUAGCAAAAUCCCUAAUGGGAUUUCUUCUGCAGAUGGGCGGUGAGCGGUCCAUCGGUAUUUGGUUUCGGGUUGAUGUUCAGUUUGGCUUCUUGAUUGAAUUUUGAGGGUUGUUGAUCAUCUGUACCAUGUAAUUUUUCGCAUGUUUGUCAUCUUUUUCCCAAUUUACAACACGAACGAGGUUAAGCGUUCGCGAUC